CAUGGCGGCGCCUAACCAAAUAAAUUAAGAUUUUGAAUCUCAAAACCAUCUGUCUCGUUCACUCUCUCCUAAAUUGAUACAGCGCAACAUUGUUUCUCUCUCCAAGGGAAUUUGGAGUGCGGGCGUUUACACAAUCGACAGAUUGCGAGCGGUUCUUUGUUUGCAGAUCGAUUAUUUUGUUUUAAUUCUUCGAUCGGAGUUGGUUGGAUCAAUCCGUCAGUAUACAGCUGCGAACUCACCUGUUCUAAAAAGAUCCGAAGAUGUUCUUGUUCGAUUGGUUUUAUGGAGUGCUCGCAUCGCUCGGUUUGUGGCAGAAAGAGGGGAAGAUUCUCUUUUUAGGGCUUGAUAAUGCGGGCAAAACCACUCUCCUGCAUAUGCUGAAAGACGAGAGAUUGGUACAGCAUCAGCCAACUCAGCAUCCAACAUCAGAGGAGCUGAGUAUUGGGAAUAUCAAGUUUAAGGCCUUUGAUUUGGGCGGUCAUCAAAUUGCACGCAGAGUGUGGAAAGAUUAUUAUGCCAAGGUGGAUGCUGUUGUUUACUUGGUGGAUGCUUAUGACAAGGAGAGGUUUGCAGAGUCGAAGAAAGAGCUGGAUGCUCUUCUUUCUGACGAUGCUUUGGCAAAUGUUCCAUUCUUGAUAUUGGGCAACAAGAUUGAUAUUCCUUAUGCUGCAUCUGAGGAUGAGUUGAGCUACUGCUUGGGUUUGAACGGCAUCACUACUGGCAAAGGCAAGGUAAACCUUACUGAUUCAAACGUUCGUCCGAUCGAGGUGUUCAUGUGCAGCAUUGUGCGCAAGAUGGGCUACGGAGAUGGCUUCAAAUGGGUCUCUCAGUAUAUCAAGUAGAGGGCUGACAAUACAUUAUUAGACUUUAUUCGGUGCAGUUGCCUUUUGCUGCUGCUCUUGUCUGCUUCAAAAGGAUUGUUAGAUAAAUUUGCCCCAUCGGUAAAUUGGUUGAAUUUUUGGAUUUAUUUCUUGUUCAAUGUCAGCAUAUGAUUACGCAUUUAUAGCUGACGGAAGGAUUAAAUUGAUAAAGAUUUUGGAACUUUAUGUUGA